UUUUUUCCACAAAGGGAAAUAACUCUUUUCUAAAUUGUGUUGUUUUUGUUUCCUGUUUUGUCUUAAAAUAAUACUUUUGCAAUUGUUCUCUUCGAUUCAAUUAUUUGCAUCAAGAAUGACAAGUGAAAAUAAUUUAGAACAGUUUGUGUUAUUGGCUAAAACAGCCAAAGGGGCUGCAGCAGUUGGCUUGAUAAAUCAAGUUUUAGAGGCCCCUGGUAUUUUUGUUUUUGGUGAAUUAUUGGAUAUGCCAAAUAUACAAGAGUUAUCAUCAGGUCCAAAUGAAGCACAUUACAAUCUUCUUAAUUUAUUUGCUUAUGGAACAUACAAGGAUUACAAAGAAAACAAAGCCAAAUUGCCUGAAUUAACAACAAUACAACUGACAAAAUUACGCCAUUUAACAGUAGUGUCUUUAGCAACUAAAACUAAGUGUAUUCCUUAUUCAGUUUUAUUACGAGAACUUGACAUUCAGAAUGUUAGAGCUAUAGAGGACAUUAUUAUUGAAGUUAUAUGUGCUGAUGUUAUACAUGGUAAAUUAGAUCAGAAAAAUCAGCAAUUAGAAAUAGAUUAUGCUAUAGGUCGUGAUAUCAAACCAGAAUCUAUACCUGUUGUUAUAUCAGUUUUACAAGAUUGGUGUGACAGUUGUGAAACUGUAUUAAAAGGAAUUGAAGAUCAAGUUUCAAAAGCAAACCAAUGUAAAGACAAUAAUAAUAAAAUCAAGGCUCAAAUUGAACAGGAGGUAAUUAAUAUUAAAAAGACAUUAAAAACAUCCCACCAACAAGAUUUAGAUGAUCAAAUGAUAACAGAUAGUCAGGCAUCAACAUCUCAAGAUAAACCAAGUAAAAAACAGUCCAAAACCAAAGGUUUACGUGGUAGUGGUGCCACUAAAUCCUGGAAGUAAAUACCAGAGAUCAACAGUUGUACAUAUUGUAAAAUAUUGAUUAAAUAUAUUUAACAUGU